CACUCAUAGAUGAUUUUACACAGUUUGUGGUAAUAAGGAAGAAAAAAAAGGACUUUGCUCACGAACACUUCCCAUUGUGUGAAGGUCUUGUGAUGCAGCAGAACCAUUUCUGGCUGUUGCAGGGAACAGACACAGACCGACUCCCGUAAGUGACAAUGGAGUGGAAGAGUGACCUGACGCUCACACAGACGAUGAAGAACAUUCCUUCAUCGUGCGAGAAGUCAGAGUGGACGGAUGCUGGACUGCAGGACAAAACUAAAUCCGUGUCCCAGUUAGUGGCCAGGUAUCAAACCACAGUGAAAGUAAGCAGCACACUGACUGAAGUCACUUCCAGAAACAGUGCAGCAGAAAAGACAAAGCAAGCAUCAAAUAAGGUGACACCUUCUCCCCUGCAAAGUACAGAGGAUAGUCUGGAGUAUCUGAUUAAGAGAAAUGAAGAGCGGGAGCAGGAGCGGGUUCGAGCAACACCAAGUCUGACCCGCAGUAAAUCGAUGGGAAGCCUUCCUAACAGCAGCGGGUCCAUAGAGGCCCUUAAGGCUUUAUUCGAGUCAAAGGCAACGGCAGAGAACAAAGUAAAGAGCAGUGUCAGAGCUGCAAAUGUCAUGCCAGGAUACACGGGAGACAUGCCAAAGAUGAAUGGAAAGGUUGAGGCAAUGCAGCCUGCUGCAGAGGUGCAGAAAAAAAACACUGAAAAUUUUGCUAGAAGGGAUGCAAAAGAAGAUCACGUGACUCGAAAGGAGGUGAAUCAGAUCCAGCUGAAGAGGAGAAAAACAAUAGGGGGUAUUGAUUUUGAAACAAUUUCAGCAUCUGAAGCUGAUGAAAAGAGGAGGUCACUUGCAGACUUCAGAGAAAGCUCUUUCAUCAACACCAAGGACAAUCUCUCUGUCUCAGUCAAGGCAAUUUCUGCUCUCUAUCUGUCAAAUCUGGGAACUCAGGAGUCGGCACAGAAUCUUUCCAAACCGGAACAACAUCAGCCACGUGAAUCUGUAAAAAAAGUGAAACAAACCAAGUUCCAACCAACCUGUAAGGAGAUGUGCUCGGCCUGUCUGAAGCCAGUUUAUCAGAUGGAAAAAAUCACAGCAGACAAGUACUUUUUUCACAAAACCUGUUUCUGCUGUAAAAAGUGCAAGAAGAAAUUAAGCAUGUACAAUUACACGCCUUUAAAUGGCGAAUUCUACUGCAUAUUUCACUACCAACAACUGUUCAAAGAAAAGGGGAAUUACGAUGAGGGCUUUGGACACGUUCAGCACAAGCACCGAUGGCUUUUGAAGAAUAACACGGAUAUGACCAAUGAUGAAUCUGAGGCGUAAAUAAACGUGAGUACCAACAGAUAAUGAGAUGGUGACUGUGGCAGCAAAGAAAAUCCUUAUAAAGCUGUGUUUGAGGGACCAAGCCACAAUCAACACCAACCCUUUACAAUGUGUUUUUGUAAUGGCUGAGAGUGAAUGUCAGUCAGCUUAAUAAAAAAAAAAAAGUCUUUAUAAUUUCAGAAGAAGGUACUUUAUCUAAAUGGUGACAUGUGUAAUAAUCUUUUCUUCAUUUCACUCUUAUUACAAUACAGUUUACUUUUGUUGGUUUACAAUUACAGGAACAUAUUAAUGUCCCAAUUUUACUUUAAUUUGGAUGCAUUUUAAAUGGAUAAAUAGUGAUUGUCAAUUUAAUUUGAAACAAACAGAAAGGAAUCGGAAAUCAACAUAAUUAGUCAGGUUAUGUGUGGUACAAAAAUUUGAUUAUGUGUUUGUAAGAAAAAUGAAGAUCACAUUUGUACAAAGCACAAAAAUUUACCAAAUAAAUCCAAACUCUCAAGUU